AUGGCAGGCUGUCUGAAGGCAAAUGAGCUGGCAAAGGGACAGCGCACGACUUCGGGGGUCUUUUGCGGUUCACUCGUUCCCAGGAGAUCCGAGCCUCUCUUGCAUGGCUGUGGAGUCUGCAGGCUUGUCGCUUUCGGCCUUGUUUGUCUGCAUUCGCAUGUGUUCGUCCUUAUGUGUCGCAUACAGACAGCCAGCAAGCGCUUGUGCAUUUCUCGCAUCUCGAUAGGUCCUGCUCACCGUGCUAGGCUGAGCCCGCCGGCUCCUUCUGCUGUGCAGUUAAAGCUUGUCUAUCUUCACAGGCCUUUGGCUUUCUGA